AUGCCUGAGGACAUGGGGACCGCCAAGCCUGGGGGAGUGAUCGCCUACAUCUCCUCCGGCGCUGCCUCGAGUCCAGAGUCCUGUAUGAGCACUAGUCCCAGCACUGGGUACCUGUCCUCAUCCCCCCCUCUGUCCCGGCCGUCCCUGCCGAGCCGAGCCGUGGGCAUGGUGGUGGACAUUGCCCCUCCGGCCAAGGGUGGACCUCAACGCAGUGUGGACAAAGCAGGACGCUCAUCUACGUCUACCAAGAGCAGCAUCACAAAAAUAAACGGGAUGGUGCUUCUCUGUAAAGUCUGUGGUGAUGUGGCCUCGGGCUUCCACUACGGGGUCCACGCCUGUGAGGGCUGCAAGGGCUUCUUCAGGAGGAGCAUCCAGCAGAACAUCCAGUAUAAAAAGUGUCUGAAGAUGGAGAACUGCACCAUUAUGCGGAUCAACAGAAACCGCUGCCAGCAGUGCCGUUUUAAGAAGUGUUUGUCUGUGGGCAUGUCCAGAGACGCGGUGCGAUUCGGCCGUAUCCCCAAACGCGAAAAGCAGAGGAUGCUGCUGGAGAUGCAGAACGCCAUGAACAACAUGAUGAGCUCCAACAGCCAGCUGCACACCAUGCUCCAGGGCCAGCAGAGCCCCUCCCCCUCCUCAUCCUCAUCCUCUGACCCGCCCUCUCCACAGUGUCCGCCUGACUCUGAGUCUGUCUCCAUGGAUACCAACUCCAGCUCUGCCUCGUCGUGCUCCUCAGACAGUGGAGAGGACGACCUGAGUUCCCACCGGCAGCAGGAGGGCUUUACGUACCACCAGCAGAGCCCUGAGGCCCCAGGGACCAGCGACCGGACCAGCGACCGGACCAGCGACCGGACCAGCGACCGGACAAACGAGGAGCAGAACAGCUGGAACAGUUGGAACAACACCAGUUUCUCAGACACGCUACAUGUGACUAACACGGCCUAUAGAGAAGAACAGACCUACCAGCUCCACAGCGCCCCCAGCUUUGAGGCCACACACCAGCAGCUGCAUCUACACUGUCCACAGACCAGCCGCACUCACCUGGUGUGCCCCAUGAACUCCUCGCCUUACGUGGACCCACACAAGAGCAGUCAGGAGAUCUGGGAGGAGUUUUCCAUGAGCUUCACUCCUGCUGUGCGGGAGGUUGUGGAGUUUGCCAAAAGGAUUCCAGGAUUCAGAGAGCUGUCCGAGCGGGACCAGGUCAGCCUCCUGAAAGCCGGCACCUUUGAGGUGCUGAUGGUGCGGUUUGCCUCCUUGUUCAACAUGGCGGAGCGCACAGUGACAUUCCUCAGUGGGAAGCGUUACAGCCUGGACAUGCUGCGCUCCCUCGGUGCUGGAGAUCUUCUUAGCUCCAUGUGUGAGUUUAGUGAAAAGCUGGCGGCUCUCCGCUUGGACUCGGACCAGAUGAGCCUCUUCACGGCUGUGGUGCUGGUCUCAGCCGACCGUUCCGGAAUCCAAGACCUAAACUCUGUGGAGGCUUUACAAGACAAACUGAUCCGAGCUCUGAGGAACCUGGUGAUGCAGAACCACGGAGCAGACGCCUCCACCACCUUCACCAAACUGCUGCUAAAACUGCCCGAGCUGCGUUCCCUGAACAACAUGCACUCAGAAGAGCUGCUGUCGUUCAAGGUGCACCCCUGA